AUGCCCAGUGCAACCGCAUCUAGCGCAGAUACCGGCAACGGCUCAGCGCGCAACCGCUCGCACAACCAAGGCAACCAGGAGCGCAAAUACACAGCAGAGCAAAAGGCCGCCGUGCUCCGCAUCCGGAAAUGUGCCCCGACGGCGUUCUACGAAAUCCUGGACCUCGAGACGGUCAAGAAGACGUGUACCGACUCCGAAAUCAAGAAGGCGUACCGCAAACAGUCGCUCCUCACACAUCCGGACAAGAACGGCCACGAACAUGCAGACGAGGCUUUCAAGAUGGUGAGCCGGGCGUUCGGCGUGUUGGGUGAUAAGGAGAAGAGGGAGAAAUUUGACCGGUUUGGCACCGAUCCUGACUCUAGGUUCGAGAGCGCGAGGGCCCAAAAUCCGUUUAAUGGCUUUGCAUCGCGACAGGCGGGUGGGGGGGCGCCGGCUGGUAAUCCGUUUGGAGGUGGUAAUAUGUGGGAGGAUGAGAUCAGCCCGGAGGAGAUGUUCCAGCGGUUCUUUGGUGGUGCCUUCGGUGGUCCCUUUGGCGGUUUUGACACAGGACCCCAAUUCGUCUUUAACAUUGGCGGAAACAGAGGCUUCCGAGUCCACCAGAUGGGCGGGGCCGGACCACGCAGACGACCACGCGAGCAAGCAGCGAACGGCCAACGACAAGAAACUAGCGGGUGGGACACCCUCAUGUCACUGCUGCCCAUCAUCUUCCUCUUCCUCUUCCCACUUCUCACCUCGCUCUUCUCGAGCGGCGAUUCGCAACCCUCUGUGCCCAACAUGGUCUUUGAUGAAGCCAGGCCUCCCUACACCCUCCACCGCACGACGGCCAAGUUCGGCGUCAACUACUACGUCAACCCCAAGGACAUCGCCGGCUGGACGGACCAUAAGCUUAAAACGCUCGACCUCCAGGGCGACAGCACCUUUAUGCGCGUUUUGCGCGCCCGGUGCGAAUCCGAAUUGAAUACCAAGCAGGACCUGGCCGACCAGGCGCAAGGUUGGUUCUUUCAGGACCCGGAGAGGAUGCGCUUGGCGAAGGAGUACCCGUUGCCGAGUUGUAAUAGGUUGGAGAAGAUGGGCAUCCGUCGGUGA